GUUUAAUUGUGGCAUUGGUCCACUAAUAUUUGCUGAUCAGUUCAUACAGCUGCCAAGUUCACUGGCAUCUGAGUACAUAUAUGGACUUGGUGAACACCGUGGUAGUUUUCUACAUGAUGUCAACUGGUCUAGAUAUGCUUUCUGGAGCAGGGAUGUUUUCCCCGCUGUAAGUGCAAUGUUUAAUUGUGGCAUUGGUCCACUAAUAUUUGCUGAUCAGUUCAUACAGCUGUCAAGUUCACUGGCAUCUAAGUACAUAUAUGGACUUGGUGAACACUGUGGUAGUUUUCUACAUGAUGUCAACUGGUCUAGAUAUGCUUUCUGGAGCAGGGAUGUUUUCCACGCUGAAAAUUUAAACUUGUAUAGUGUUCAUCCAUUCUAUCUGUCUAUUGAAGAUGAUGGCAAUGCACAUGGUGUGUUCUUACUCAACAGCAAUGCUAUGGAGUCAAUUUUUCAGAUGUCUCCAUCCAUCACAUGGAGGACUGUUGGUGGUGUUUUAGAUUGUUAUGUCUUCUUUGGACCCAGCCUUGACCAAGUGAUACAGCAAUACACUGAAGUGAUUGGAAGAACAUUUAUGCCACCGUAUUGGGGUUUGGGAUUCCACCUGUGUAGAUGGGGAUAUGAAACUGUUGAUGGUACAAGAAAAGUCACUGACAGAAUGAGAAAUGCCAAAAUACCACAGGAUGUACAGUGGAAUGACAUUGACUACGCUGUAGCCUACAAAGAUUGCACUUUAAAUAAGAAAGUAUUUGGGGAUUUACCAAAAUUCAUUGAUGAACUUCAUAACAAUGGCCAACACUAUAUACAUAUCAUG